AUGCCUUGGCUGGCAGGCCGGGCAGCCCCUGGAUGCCUGCUCCGCAGCCGCCCUCCGCGCUCUGUGGCGGGAGAAGCCGGCCACAGGGAGCCGCAGUCCGUGAGCCGGCCUGCGCAGCCAGCGUUGGUCGAGGGUGAUGGAGGAUACCGCGUGGGCCACAGAUACCUGCUCUUGGAUGUUCCUGGCCACAUCCCCUUGGUCACUCACUCGCACCUCUGUGAGGCAGGAGGUGACACGCUGGUUGUCAGUGGGACUCUUUCCGGGUACUGCUGGGACGUCCCCCUGCAAGGAGGAGAUCGUGGACAAGACAGUUCCGAUGACAACCACGGCGGCACUCUCGGCCCGGGCCUCACAGCAGAUGCCCCCCCGCUGGCAGACUACCAAGAUGAGGGUGCAGACGGCCUCCUGCGGGGCGCACCCGCGCCGGACAGCGUCCUCAAGCAGGGCUACCUGGAGAAGAAGAGCAAAGAUCACAGCUUCUUCGGGCCGGAGUGGCAGAAGCGCUGGUGCGUGCUCAGCGGGGGCUUCUUCCUCUACUACGCCAGUGAGAAGGGCAAACAGCCCAAAGGGACCUUCGCCAUGCAGGGCUACAGUGUCCGGAUGGCCCCCCACCUGCGCAGGGACUCCCGGAAGGACUGCUGCUUUGAGCUGACCUCGGGGGACAAACGCAGCUACGAGUUUACAGCUGCUAGUCCAGCGGAAGCCAGAGACUGGGUGGAUCAGAUCAGCUUCCUGUUAAAAGAUCUGAGCUCUUCUACCAUCCCGUACGAAGAAGAGGAGGAGGACAAGAAGGAGGAGGAAGGGGAAGAGACCUAUGAUGAUAUCGACGGGUUUGAGUCCCCGAAUUCUGCCUCCCGGGGAAGACCUGUCCUCUUGCCUGGGAGCCUGAGGACCCAGGGGCCUACAAAGGAGAGGGAAGAGGGCAUCUAUGAAGUCCUCCCAGUGGACUAUGCCAGUUACUACCAAGGCCUGUGGGAUUGCUACGGCGACCAGCCGGACGAACUGUCCUUCCAGCGCGGGGACCUCAUCCGAAUUCUGAGUAAGGAGUACAACAUGUUCGGCUGGUGGGUCGGAGAGCUGAACAGUCUGGUCGGCAUCGUGCCGAGGGAGUAUCUCACCGCUGCUUUCGAUGUGGAGGACAGAUGAGGCCUAGGACGCAUUCCUCUCUUCCCUGCCCUGUGGAAAAGCCAACCUGGAGCUUGGCCCCUCCUUUCAGCCCGACCCCUCUUCUGUGCUGACACCAAGUCAAGUCCUAGCUGCACUGAAGAGACUGCAAACCAUGAGACAAGAGGGAAGAGACACUGCCUGCCACCUGUCCCCACCUGCUCUGCCUCCCCCAGGAAACGUGGGGGUCUUCCUAGCCUGCAAAGCACAAAUAAACUCCAG